AUGGCCUCCAGCUCCAACAGUCCCGGUGAGACAAAGAAAUUCAAGGGUGUACGGCAACGUAAGUGGGGGAAGUGGGUGUCAGAGAUUCGAAUUCCGGGCAGUCAAGAUCGGUUAUGGCUUGGCUCUUACUCAUCGCCCGAGGCCGCCGCUGUGGCUCACGACGUUGCAUAUUAUUGUCUGAGAAGACCCUCAAACCUAGACCACCUGAACUUUCCGCCGAUGGUGCUGCCCUUGACCAACCACCUCCUUAUCCGAGACGACAUGUCGCCUGGCUCCAUUCAGAGGGCGGCCUCCGACGCAGCCAUGGCUGUCGACGCACAGUAUAUAUGCAACAGUUUGGGCGACCGGGGCAGCAGUGGGCGGGCGGGGGCAUUUCAAGCAUCGGGAGACGAGCAGUACUCGGGGCUCAAUAAUGAUCAAGAUCUUUCCAUCCAAGAUUAUCUGUGA